GUGCGCGCGGAUGGGUACAUAACUGACUGCUUGGCGUUGUGUGAUGUGUCCGUGAGAAAAAGGUACCGCCGGCUGUGGUGGCGGAGAGGUUUAUAUCUCGUUCUCUCUCAGUAAAGAAGUAGUGCGCGGAGGGAUCAGCGCCUGGCUGGGCUCAGCUGAUCGGUGAGACGGCGGAGGAGAGGAGAGCGGAGACACCCGGGGGGAGCGUGGCGGAGACAGAGAUCAGAUCUUUCAGCUGUGUUUACCUGAUAUGACUGGCUUUUUCUAUGAAGAGACCUGAGGCCUGCAGUGUCACUAUUAAAGGGACAAUAUAGGAGAAGGAAUGGUAUGCAGCACAGAGGGAGCCUCCACUGGAAAAUUGAAUGGUAGUAUCUAGAAAGGGUAUGUCCCUUCAGGAGAGAGGUGCCAAUGUCCAGCCGGCUUAAUAACAAUCCAGGGGGGUCACUGCGACGUUCACAGAGGAACACUGCUGGGGCCCAGCCGCAAGAGGACACCACUGGAGGAAGCAACAGGUCCCAGUUAGAGCAGGCAGAACAUAAGGCCCAUAGCCUUCCUCAGAGCAGAAAAUCUCUUUCUAAGACCCCCAAAGUGCAGUCUAAAACAGCUUCUGGCCAGUCCAGAGGAUACAGCUCUAAAAGGGGUUGUAGCUCUUCUUCUGUUGUAUUACCACAAUCAGAGGAUCCUGAUCGGACAAACACGUCAGAAAGUGAAAGGCCUAAGAAAGAAAACUUGCGUGGUGUGAAACGUAGUGCUAGCCCUGAUUAUAGCCGGACCAACUCCCCCAGCUCUGCUAAGAAAUCCAAAGCACUUCAGCACACUGAGCCCUCUGGAGGGACAAAGCGACCAAAUAAACUCAAGAAAAGACAAGCCACCCAGGAGCAACCUACUCCACUCACAUCAUUGCCGUCUACAAGCAAAGCCCACGGCAGGAAGGGUGGAGCCCCCGGCACCUCCCCGCUCCACAAGAGAAAAAGGACGGAUAGCUCGUCUUGUGUGACUAUCAGUAGCGCGGCCGUUUUAUCGACCGGUGCAGAAGACAGACCUCCAAAACCCUCCAAGCUGGCUUCAAAAUCGGCCACCUCAGCCAAAGCUGGGUGUAGCACCAUUACAGAUUCUUCUUCUUCUGCCUCCACCUCUUCUUCCUCUUCCUCCGCUGUUGCCUCUGUCUCUUCUGCUGCAGGUGCCCGUGUGAAACAAGGAAAGGAUCAGAAUAAAGCCAGACGCUCUCGCUCUGCUUCUAGCCCAAGCCCCAGGAGAAGUAGCCGGGAGAAGGAGCAGGCAAAAGCCAGCAGCUCCUCCAAGUUUGAUUGGGCAGCUCGUUUCAGCCCUAAAGUCAGCUUCCCAAAAACAAAACUAUCCCUUCCUGGGUCUUCCAAAGCUGAGACCUCAAAACCUGGACCUUCAGGAUUACAGGCUAAGCUCGCAAAUUUGAGGAAGUCCACUAAAAAGCGAAGUGAGUCACCGCCUGCUGAGCUCCCCAGCCUGAGGCGGAGCACACGCCAAAAGACCACGGGCUCCUGUGCUAGUACCAGUCGGCGAGGCUCUGGCCUGGGCAAGCGAGCAGCAGCUGAAGCUCGCCGACAGGAGAAGAUGGCAGAUCCUGAUAACCAGGAGGGUGCAAAUUCUUCUGCUGCUCGCACAGAUGAAACUGCUCAGGGAGCUGCAGGUUUAACGAGAACACCUGGAGAAAGAUUUGCAUCUCUUCUCUUCCCUUCAGCUUCUAGCUCUGUGGCAGGUGCUGUGGGAAUGACCACGUCUGGGGAAAGCGAGAGUGAUGACUCUGAAAUGGGACGACUUCAAGCAUUACUGGAGGCACGUGGUCUUCCUCCUCACCUCUUUGGUCCCCUAGGACCUCGUAUGUCCCAGCUGUUUCAUAGAACCAUCGGAAGUGGGGCAAGCUCUAAGGCCCAGCAGCUCCUGCAGGGUCUCCAAGCCACAGAUGAAAGUCAGCAACUCCAGGCAGUAAUAGAAAUGUGCCAGCUGCUAGUGAUGGGAAAUGAGGAGACUCUGGGAGGGUUCCCAGUAAAGAGCGUGGUGCCUGCUUUGAUAACAUUGUUGCAGAUGGAGCACAACUUUGACAUUAUGAACCAUGCCUGUCGAGCCUUAACUUAUAUGAUGGAGGCACUUCCUCGUUCCUCUGCUGUCGUCGUAGAUGCCAUCCCUGUAUUUUUGGAGAAGCUGCAAGUCAUUCAGUGCAUUGAUGUAGCUGAACAGGCUCUCACUGCUCUUGAAAUGCUAUCGCGUAGGCACAGCAAAGCCAUUCUACAAGCUGGAGGGCUUGCCGAUUGCCUCUUGUAUCUAGAAUUCUUCAGUAUCAAUGCUCAGAGGAACGCAUUAGCCAUAGCAGCCAAUUGCUGCCAGAGCAUCAGUCCUGAUGAGUUCCACUUUGUUGCUGAUUCUCUACCAUUGCUGACACAGAGAUUAACCCAUCAGGAUAAGAAGUCUGUGGAGAGCACUUGCCUUUGUUUUGCACGACUGGUAGAUAAUUUUCAGCAUGAAGAGAAUCUUCUGCAGCAAGUGGCUUCACGGGAUCUGCUCACCAACAUCCAGCAACUUUUGGUCGUGACACCACCUAUCCUAAGCUCGGGCAUGUUCAUUAUGGUGGUCCGCAUGUUUUCUUUGAUGUGUUCAAAUUGCCCCAUGCUGGCUGUGCAGCUCAUGAAACAGAAUAUUGCGGAGACCUUGCAUUUCCUUUUAUGUGGGGCUUCAAAUGGCAGCUGCCUGGAGCAGAUUGAUCUGGUCCCUCGAAGUCCACAAGAGCUAUACGAGUUAACAUCACUUAUAUGUGAACUGAUGCCGUGCUUACCGAAAGAAGGAAUAUUUGCUGUUGAUACAAUGUUAAAGAAGGGUAAUGCCCAAAACACUGAUGGAGCUAUCUGGCAAUGGAGAGAUGAUCGUGGUCUUUGGCACCCAUACAGCCGAAUAGAUAGCCGCAUUAUCGAGGCAGCCCAUCAGGUUGGUGAGGAUGAAAUAAGUUUGUCUACACUGGGGCGUGUUUAUACUAUUGAUUUUAAUUCUAUGCAGCAAAUCAACGAGGAUACCGGAACUGCACGCGCCAUUCAGAGAAAACCUAAUCCAUUAGCCAAUGCUAACACUAGUGGACAUUCUGAACUAAAAAGGGAUGAUGCCAGAGCGCAGCUGAUGAAAGAGGACCCUGAGCUUGCCAAGUCUUUUAUUAAGACCUUAUUUGGUGUGCUGUAUGAGGUGUACAGCUCUUCCGCCGGGCCUGCCGUUAGACACAAGUGCCUUAGAGCAAUUCUUAGGAUAAUUUAUUUUGCGGAUGCUGAGCUCCUGAAAGAUGUGUUGAAGAACCACGCAGUGUCCAGUCACAUUGCGUCAAUGCUGUCAAGUCAGGAUCUCAAAAUUGUAGUAGGAGCUCUUCAAAUGGCAGAGAUUUUAAUGCAGAAGCUACCUGAUAUUUUCAGUGUGUACUUCAGAAGGGAAGGUGUAAUGCACCAAGUAAAAAAUUUGGCUGAGUCAGAAACUCUGUUAACAAGUCCACCAAAGGUUUGCACAAAUGGCUCUGGCUCUCUGAGCAGCACAACGACCAUAAGCACUGUAGCUGGAAGUGCAGCUGCUGACCUUGGGUCACCCAGCCUACAACACCGGGAUGAUUCCCUUGACCUUAGUCCACAAGGACGGCUGAGUGAUGUUUUGAAGAGGAAAAGACUGCCAAAACGUGGUCCGAGGAGGCCAAAGUGUUCCCCACCUCGUGAUGAAGACAAAGUAGACAAUCAAGCCACUGACUUCUUUCCCCCUCCCUCCUGCUGUUCAGCAAAAAGUCCCACAACCACACAGUCCCCAAAAUCCUCAUUCCUGUCCAGCUUAAAUCCAAAGACCUGGGGCAGGCUAAGCACGCAAUCUAACAGCAACAAUAUUGAGCCUGCACGUACAGCAGGGGUCAGUGGAUUGGCAAGGACAGCUUCCAAGGAUACCAUCUCCAACAACAGAGAGAGAAUCCGUGGAUGGAUAAAGGAGCAGGCUCACAAGUUUGUGGAACGAUAUUUUAACUCUGAGAACAUGGAUGGGAGUAAUCCUGCUCUUAAUGUGCUACAAAGACUUUGCAAUGCCACAGAACAGCUCAAUCUCCAGGUGGAUGGUGGAGUUGAAUGCCUUGUAGAAAUACGAAGCAUAGUGUCAGAGUCUGAUGUGUCUUCAUUUGAAAUCCAGCACAGUGGGUUUGUGAAACAGCUGCUAUUGUAUCUCACAUCAAAAAGUGAAAAAGACAUAGUAAGCCGUGACAUUCGUCUCAAGAGGUUCCUGCACGUUUUUUAUGGUUCUCCUUUGCCUGGAGAAGAGCCACUUGGAAGACUGGAACCAACAGAAAAUGGCAACUUAUUGUCACUGAUCCAUAAGAUGAACAACUGUCUAAGUCAGAUGGAGCAGUUUCCAGUCAAAGUGCAUGAUUUUCCAAGCGGAAAUGGGACAGGAAGCCGAGGAUCCCAAGCACUGAAGUUUUUCAAUACUCAUCAGCUGAAGUGCCAGCUACAGAGACACCCAGAAUGUACGAAUGUUAAGCAGUGGAAAGGAGGACCUGUUAAAAUAGAUCCCUUAGCUCUUGUACAAGCAAUUGAGAGAUAUUUAGUGGUCAGAGGUUAUGGCAGAGUGAGAGAAGAUGAUGAGGAUAGUGAUGAUGAUGGCUCAGAUGAAGAGAUUGAUGAGUCACUGGCUGCUCAGUUCUUAAAUUCAGGAAACGUACGGCACCGGCUACAGUUCUACAUUGGAGAUCACUUGCUUCCUUACAAUAUGACUGUGUAUCAGGCUGUUCGGCAAUACAGUAUACAGACAGAAGAGGAGCGAGAGUCCACAGACGAUGAGAGUAACCCCCUUGGCAGGGCUGGCAUCUGGACAAAGACUCACACAAUAUGGUACAAGCCUGUAAGAGAAGAAGAGGAGAGCACAAAGGACACAGUGGGGGGAAAGCGUGGUCGAGCCCAAACUGCACCAACUAAAACGUCUCCAAGGAAUUCUAAGAAGCACGAUGAGCUGUGGCACGAUGGAAUAUGUCCGAAAGUUGCAAACCCCUUAGAAAUGUACCUCAUCUCAGUACCUCCUGAUAAUAUCACAUUUGAUGACCCAUCCUUAGAUGUGGUGAUCUUGCUGCGGGUUCUGCACGCCAUCAGUAGAUAUUGGUAUUACUUGUAUGAUAAUGCAGUUUGCAAAGAGAUAGUUCCCACGAGUGAGUUUAUCAACAGCAAGUUAACUGCAAAGGCCAACAGGCAGCUGCAGGACCCUUUGGUCAUAAUGACAGGAAACAUUCCUACCUGGUUAACAGAACUUGGUAAAACCUGUCCAUUUUUCUUCCCGUUUGACACUCGGCAAAUGUUGUUCUAUGUAACCGCAUUUGAUAGAGACAGGGCUAUGCAGAGACUGCUGGACACUAACCCAGAGAUCAACCAGUCUGACUCUCAGGACAGCAGAGUUGCCCCAAGACUGGACAGGAAAAAGCGCACUGUGAACAGAGAUGAGCUUCUAAAGCAGGCAGAGUCUGUGAUGCAAGAUCUAGGGAGCUCCCGGGCCAUGUUGGAGAUCCAGUAUGAAAAUGAAGUUGGGACAGGAUUAGGGCCCACUUUGGAGUUUUAUGCACUUGUAUCUCAGGAAUUACAAAAAGCUGACCUCGGCUUGUGGAGAGGUGAAGAAAUAACACUUCCUAAUCCAAAAGGAAACCAAGAAGGGACCAAGUAUAUUCACAGUCUGCAAGGUCUGUUCGCUCUUCCUUUUGGCAGGACAGCAAAGCCAGCACAUAUUGCUAAGGUCAAGAUGAAGUUUCGGUUCCUUGGCAAACUUAUGGCUAAAGCAAUCAUGGACUUCAGACUGGUGGACAUUCCUCUUGGGCUCCCUUUCUAUAAGUGGAUGUUACGGCAGGAAAGCUCCCUUGCUUCGCACGACUUACUUAACAUUGAUCCUGUUGUGGCCAAAUCUGUUUAUCACCUGGAGGAUAUUGUGAGGCAGAAAAGGAGGCUAGAACAGGAUAAAGCACAGACCAAAGAGAGUCUGCAAUUUGCACUUGAGAGUCUGAAUAUGAACGGCUGCUCUGUUGAAGAUCUGGGAUUGGAUUUUACAUUGCCUGGCUUCCCAAAUAUUGAGUUAAAAAAAGGAGGAAAGGAUGUUCCUGUCACCAUUCACAACCUGGACGAGUAUGUACGGCUUGUAAUAUUUUGGGCCCUGAAUGAAGGUGUUUCCAGGCAGUUUGACUCAUUCAGAGAUGGCUUUGAAUCAGUCUUCCCACUUAAUCACCUGCAGUAUUUUUAUCCGGAGGAGCUGGAUCAGCUGUUGUGUGGCAGUAAAGGUGAUCCUUGGGAUGUGAAGACUCUGAUGGAGUGCUGCAGACCAGAUCAUGGAUACACGCAUGACAGCCGUGCUGUGAAAUCUCUUUUUGAAAUCCUUAGCAGUUUUGACAGUGAGCAGCAGAGACUUUUCCUGCAGUUUGUCACUGGCAGCCCCAGACUCCCAGUUGGAGGCUUUCGGAGCCUGAACCCUCCACUGACGAUAGUCCGCAAGACUUUUGAAUCCACCGAAAACCCGGAUGAAUUUCUCCCUUCCGUUAUGACCUGCGUAAACUACCUUAAACUGCCAGACUAUUCUAGCAUUGACAUUAUGCGUCAGAAACUGUUAAUAGCUGCACGUGAAGGACAACAGUCAUUCCACCUUUCCUGAUCCUGAGGAUCUUACCACGGAGCCCAUCUGAAGGAUUAAUAAAUCAUGAUUUCUUUUCUAAAUGUAUCACCAGAGUCAAGGCAACGUGUCCUGCCUUACUGUAGAAAAACCCGAUGCAGAUUAUUACAUAUAAACACAAAAAAAGCAAGAAAGACGCAAGAUCCAUUAAACAGCCUCCUGGACGUUUAAAACUGAUCAGACUCGAGAGUUGUGAUAUAAGUUUGUUUAGAUUUUUUUUUUCUUUGCUUAAAUUAUCCUUUAUUUCAAGAGUGUUGUUUUUAACAUGCUUUGCUGUGUGACUUUAAAUGAGGAGGUGUGUAAAAACAAACAAACCCAACAUGGAGACAUUUUUAAGCUGGAAUAAAAAAAAAAAAUAUUGCCAUGCAAUUUAAGAAUAAAACAAAGUGUGUAUCCAUCUAAAUACACACCUCCCUCAGCUUCUUGCCCCAUCCCUUCUUCUGCCCUCAUGCAAAGUCAGAUUCUGGUUCAGACGUGAAGAAAACACAAAAAAAUCACCAGUUAUUUGAAAAGUUAGUUAAACUAGAUAAGCAUUUUUUUUCCCCUCUCUCUCUCGAUACAUUGUCCUUGCCCUGAAAUUUGUAAUGUGCAAUUUAUUUUUCUUCCGUGUGCAGACUGACGGCAAGCCCCUCAUUCUUAAUUUUGUUUUACCAAAUCCCCUUAUCUGGCCUCCAAUCAGUGGCUGUUUUUUUUUUUUGGGAGGGGAGGGUGGGUUGGUUUGAUUUGAGCCACAGUCUCCCAUUCUAACUCUUAUCCUGAUGUUAAGGCCAGAGAAGGCAGUCCUUCUAAUAAAUAAGGGCUUGAUUGUUUCUUUAUACUGGCCUUUUCACAGGAUACUUAAAACUGUUUACACAGUAUAUAAAGAACUGAGUGGCGGGUCUCUCUAUUAUUUUUUAUUAUUCUUGGUUUUUUUGCUUAUUUGAUAUUGUAAAAGGAAAAAAAAAACUAUUGGCUGGCUUGUAUUCAUUCAAAUAGAGCCAUAGACUUUCAAAUUAAUGUACAUUUUUAAAUCCUAUCCAGUUAAAUUCCCUGUUCAAAAGUAAUUUUCUUUCUUCAGUUAUAUUUUUUAAGUAUUGUUCCCUGGUUUUCUUUGGGGGGGAUUUAAAGAGUUGGAAACGUUUUCACACAGAUGAGAGCAACUGUUCUACAUGUCCUGUUCUAUGUGCUGAUUUCUCAGAUCUGCAAUAAUCUACUUCAUCAGGUUCAUGUUUUUACCUGAAUAUAAAUAAAACCGAAAAAAAGUUU